UCUAUAUAAUUCCAAAAUAGAUUUGAACUCUUUGUAUUUUAUUGGUGUAUGACAUCAUAAUGGUGUCUCGGAGUGCUUCAGCUCGAAAUUCUAAAACACGAGUUCAAACUGAAGAUAAAGGAAAGAAAUCUGCGUCAACUACAAAAGUAUCGGAAAAGAAACAGACAGGCAACCCACGAAAGCGAGGUUUAGACAUCGAUGAUGAAAACGGUCAAACUCCAACUUCAAGCCAGGACCCUGUGAAUAAAAAGACAAAGUUAAAUGAAGAGCCAAAUGGAGAUGUGUCCGUAUUUCCUGAUUUCGGGAAUCUCCCUACAGGGGUUGCCCUCACAGUGGGGCAGGGUGACAUGGGUCAGUUGGGUCUCGGGGAGGAUAUUAUGUCGAGAAAGAAGCCAGCUAUUGUUGCCAGUAUUGCUGAUGAAAAAGUGAAGAAGGUUGUAGCAGGGGGGAUGCAUACUGUAUGUCUCACUGAUCAACAUAAGAUCUACACGUUCGGAUGUAACGAUGAAUUUGCCCUCGGUCGCGAUACAGCUGAUGAUGAUUCAGAAUAUGAACCUAAACUGAUUGUUGGCCCUCUAACUGAGAGGAGAGUUGUCCAUAUAUCUGCCGGUGAUAGUCAUACCUGCGCACUUACAGAUGGUGGGAAGGUAUUUGUGUGGGGGUCAUUUAGGGAUGGCCGUGGAGUCAUUGGUUUAAUUAAGGAAGAAGAAGUUUGUAAAUGUCCAACUCAACUAACCUCCAUCAAUGAAACGGUGGUUGAUGUCGAUUCAGGAAACGACCAUCUAGUUAUGGUUACAAUGUCCGGGAAGGUGUUCACUAUGGGAUGUCCCGAUCAAGGACAGAUUGGGAGGAUAGGUCGAUAUUUCACUGACCGGGGAAGGAAAAGGAAAACUGCCAACUAUAUCACCCCUGCGAAAAUCCAUCUUCGUAAAGUACGAGGCUCCAAGAAACCAGUGAUCGUGAAAGUUUUUUGCGGCUCAUACACAACAUGGGUGUUAUCAAGCGAGGGUCAUGUGUACGGGUUCGGGUUGAACAAUUAUAAACAACUAGGUUUUCCUGAUGGAGAGAACCGAUACAUACCAGAAUAUGUGGAAACUUUGUCGGACAUUGGUUGCAAACAAAUAGCUGGUGGACAACAUCAUACGCUGGUGUUGGACCAUAAAGGUUCGGUGUACACGAUUGGUCGAGGAGAUUACGGACGACUCGGACACGGUAGUGAUGUCAUAGAGGCUUCAGAGCCAAAGAAGAUAAACUCACUUUGUGACAUCACGUCGAUAACGGCCACCUCAUGCGUGUCGUUCGCUGUCGAUAAAGAUGGCAAAGCAUAUGGAUGGGGACUUGGUACGAACCUCCAACUCACCACGGGAGAUGAGGAAGAUGAAUGGGAACCUGUGGAGUUGACAGGGAAGAACCUCGAGAAAAGGAGCGUGCUACAAGUGGCGUCUGGAGGGCAGCACACUGUCAUUCUCGCUCAAGAUAAUGUGGAGUCAUGAAGUUUAUGAUGAGUCGGUAUUUUGGGGUUUUUGUGACUCAACACUUUUUCAAUAUACAAUGAGUCAGCGUUUUGCUGCCUCUUUGUUUUCUAGAUGUCUGGUGUUUAUUUAUAGACAAAUAGGUUUUGUUUAUUAAAAAUUCCUUUCAUUCUAAUGCAAAUCUUUAAUGAAUUUUCAAUUUUUUUCAUUAAAACUUUGCAUUUGGCUACAAAUGUUGCUACUGGGCAUAAUAUCUUUAUCAAAAACUUUUUAAAAAUAAUUAAGAAUUUUGUUUUUUUCUGUCGUGCAGCGAUAUUCUGACAAAGUCUUAAUGCACGGCUGAUGUUUUUAUUAAAAUCUACAUCAAUUGUUUACUAUAGGUCGUGAAAUAAUUAAAACAAGCGUUGGAAUUUAGUAUAAUAAGCUCACUGGUUUAUUGUGUAUUGAUAAUUGGUGAAUUUUUAGUUUAAUUAUUUGCUGUGAAUUAUAGUUAUGACUCGACAAUUAAUUAGUUUAUGACAUCAUAAACUAACAUUCCAAUUUCUUUUAUCUUCUUUCUAGUAUUUAAACCAAACACUUUUCAGUUUAGUAUAAGAUUUCCAUAUUUAGUAAUAUUACAUUUCUAUAAAUUUCCAACCUCAAUUACAAGAAACGACAAAUACUCUG